CCGUUGUGGAUGCAGGUUUCUUGGUUCUGUUGGGCACAACUUUAUUCAGAGCUUGGCUCUCCAUUCAGAAUAAGUCAGCGUUUCCUAAGUUGUUUCAAAUUGUCGGCCUGUUUAGCAGCUGCACUGCAGAAAACAUGCAUUCAUAUUUUGACCCCUUUUUCUUCCAUGAAGCGGCUCAGAUUCCCUGCAGUAAUGACGCGUCAAACUCGAUUUUUUUGCAUGCCACUGAGAGCACCUCGUUGGCCUUUAGCUUGCUCAUGUCUCCGCAUGCCAGAGCUCAUUCAGAGCUCCACCUCCGUGCUCCAGCUCUGUGCUCCACCUCCGUGCUCCACCUCCUUGUUGUUCCACUCAAAUGCCAGCCCUGUCAACUUCCCUCUCCAUGCUGGCUGCAGAAACCACUUCUACCUCAUGGGUAGCGUAGCCCACCUGAGGUCCAUCCCAGACAGACGAAGAAGAAACCAAGAAGAAACCAGCGCUCCACUGGGAUUUCCAGCGAACCUUCAACCUUUGUGAAUCCCCCAACCCGUUGACCGAGGGACCGUUGUCGUUGUUGUUGUUGUUGUUGUUGACGGCCACCAUGCCUGGGGGUCUGGACCGCAUGGAGCUGCAGAAGGUCUCCACGGAGGGGGAUGACGACGACAGCACCAACAGCCUGGAUGACACCUACCAGGAGAAGGCCAGCCAGUUCACCGCUGAGGUGGACGAUGAAGACGACAGAGAGAGCCACAAGUUCCUGGCCAACGGGAUGAUGGACAAGAAGAAGAGAUACGAGGAGGAAUACCACCCCGGACACACCUCCUUCGGGAUGUCCGUCUUCAACCUGAGCAACGCCAUUAUGGGCAGCGGCAUCCUGGGCCUGUCCUUCGCCAUGGCCAACACCGGCAUCGUGCUGUUCAGUAUUCUCCUGUUGGGCGUGGCUAUUCUCUCCCUCUACUCAGUGCAUCUGCUGCUCAUGACCGCCAAAGAAGGAGGAUCCCUUAUUUAUGAAAAGCUGGGAGAGCGCGCCUUCGGUUGGCCGGGGAAGAUGGCCGCCUUCGUCUCCAUCACGAUGCAGAAUAUCGGAGCAAUGUCCAGCUACCUCUUCAUCGUGAAGUACGAGCUUCCGGAAGUGAUCCGGGCCUUCAUGGGCUUGGAGGAGAUCUCCGGCGCAUGGUACAUGAAUGGAAACGUCCUGGUCGUCAUAGUGACCAUCGCCAUCAUCCUACCACUGUCUCUCCUCAAGAACCUGGGUUACCUUGGUUACACCAGUGGCUUCUCUCUGUCCUGCAUGGUGUUCUUCGUGUGCGUGCUGAUUUACAAGAAGACCCAGCUGCCGUGCCCGUUGCCCUUCUUCUACGACACCCCCUCCAACCUCAGCUCCAACGCCUCCGGGCCCCUGGCCCUGCACAACGCCUCGGCCCCCGGCCUGGGCUUCUCCCCGGCCCGCGGGGCCCCCCUGCACGCCUCGCCCUCCCCGGAGGACGUGGAGGAGAUGUGCACGCCCAAGUACUUUGUCUUCAACUCCCAGACCGCGUACACCGUGCCCAUCCUGGCCUUUGCGUUCGUGUGUCACCCAGAGGUGCUGCCCAUCUACAGCGAGCUCAAAAACCGCAGCAGGAAGCAGAUGCAGAUGGUCUCCAACAUGUCCAUCGCCGCCAUGCUGGUCAUGUACUUCCUGUCCGCGCUGUUCGGGUACCUGACCUUCUACGAGAACGUAGAGGCGGAGCUGCUCCACACCUUCACCAGGGUGUACACCUCGGACACCCUACUGCUCCUGGUCCGAGUGGCCGUGCUCACCGCCGUCACGCUCACCGUGCCCAUCGUGCUCUUCCCCGUGAGUACCCCCGCCGACCAAUCAGGGCUCAGACCCGCCUCCUCCCUCUGGCUGAAGAGGAGAGGGAGGAGGAGAUCUGCGAUUGCGUCUGAGUUGGUUUGAGUGGACGGUGGAGUC